AUGUUGGGUACCAUCCUCUUUUCUUGUGCCAUCGCCGCCCUUCUCUGGGUCGUGUUGAUUCCCUUUCGCACCGGCUUGUGGCAUGUUCCUGGGCCGUUUUGGCGUCGCUAUACAGAUAUCUUUCAGGUCUUGGAUGCAUACAAUGGCAUCACGUGUCAGGUCAUCCAACGCCUACACAAAGAGUAUGGCCCUGUGGUGGCGGUUGGCCCACGGACGGUCAUGUUCUCUGAUCCUGCCAUGAUUGAUGUUGUAUAUGCCACUCGUUCGCCCUUUCCCAAGAGUUACCACUGGCAACCGUUGCGGACGGAGCUAAAGGGAGUUCACUACCCCAGUCUCAUCGCCAGCGAGGACACACAAACUCACUCGUCUCUCAAGAGACCCAUUGCCGGGGUGUAUGCCAUGUCCAACGUCACCAAGUCGGAGGGCUUCAUCAAUGAUUGCAUACGCCAGCUUGUCCAGAAGCUCGACCAGGACUUUAGAGCCACCAAGGAGACGGUACCUGUUUUUCAGUGGAUGCACUUCUUUGCCUACGAUACCAUCAUGAAAUUGACCGUGUCGGCCGAUUUCGGUCUCAUCCAAGGCGAAGCGGAUCAAGUCGCCAUGUUCAAGGGUGUGGACGCAGCUCAGACAUACAAAGCCAUGGCUGCGAGUAUGCCUUGGGUUCACAACCUGCUCAAAGAAACCCCGGUGACGAGCGUGUUUCAGAAGCGGAUGGGAUCCUUCCCGGCUCGGGCUCGUGAACUCAUCCAGGCGAGGAAGGCCCAAAAAAUGAAAACAACCGGCGACAGGGAAGACUUGCUUUCACAGAUCAUGGAGACCAGGGAGAAACACCCUCAGGUCGUCAAUGAUCUGGUCAUGCACGGGUACGCCACGACACCACUCCUGGCCGGGGCCGACACCGUGACCAUCGGCUUGACAUCGAUCAUUUACUUUGUGGGGAAGCACCCCAGAGUGGCGGCUCGGCUACAGGAGGAGCUGGAUUCGUGCGGUUUGGAGAUGCCACCCUCGUGGGCUGCCGUUCAGAGCUUGUCGUAUCUCGACGCCGUCAUCCGAGAAUCGUUCCGCUGCCAUCCCAUCGGCGCCAUGUUGUCACGACGGGCUGUUCCAGAAGGUCCUGGCCUCACUCUCAAGAACGGUCACACUCUACCACCGGGAACGGCUGUCGCUGUCUCGGGAUGGGCCACACACUUCAACCAAGACGUCUAUGGUAGCGACGCGGCAGAUUUCAGGCCGGAACGCUGGUUGCAAGGUGCCGAGGAGAGUCGGGAGGACUACGCCGAACGCAUCCGCCGGAUGAACAAGGCAGACCUGACCUGGGGCCACGGUGACCGAGCUUGCAUGGGCAAGAACAUUGCCAGAUGCGAAAUGUACAAGCUGAUGGCUACCUUGUAUUCUACCUUUGACAUCCAACUUGUCGAUCCCACAAAGACUUGGAAGAUCAAGGAGACCGUACUGGCGAAGCAAGUUGGUGUGGAAGCCAAGAUUACGCUUAGACCUGGUGUAAAGGUUACAGGAGGGGUGCUCACGUAG